GUCCCGCUUGGUGGCGGUAUAGAUUUAUUUUUCUGGUGAUCUGUGCGUCUGUGCAGUCGAGGAAGCCAAGAUGGCAGCCAUCAUGAAGGGAACUGUAGCGGUAGAAGAUGUGAACGUCACCUUUGAAGACCAGCAGAGGAUCAAUAAAUUCGCCAGGAACACAAGUCGGAUGAACGAGCUGAAAAAUGAAAUCGAGGCGAAGAAAAAAUCGCUGCAGAACCUUCAGGAUGCCAGCGACGACCUAAUGAUGUUAGACGACGACUCUCUUUUGAUCCCGUACCAAAUUGGCGACGUCUUUGUCAGUCACACCCAGGAAGAGACUCAAGAGAUGCUGGAGGCUGCCAAGGAAACACUGGAGCAGGAGGUCAAAGGCCUCGAUGCCCGAGUGUCCGCGAUACUGCAAGUUUUGGGGGAUCUGAAAAUCCAGCUCUAUGCCAAGUUUGGUACCAACAUUAACCUGGAGGCUGAUGAAAGCUAAGCUGGGAAUUGGACAUUGAAAGCUGCCCCAACUCGGACUUUUUCAUGCAGCUCCUGUAUCACAUCCACCGAGCCAAACAAAACAUCCCCCAGGACUCCGCAUGAACGGCUUAUACGUCUGGCUUUUGUUUACACGGAUGUUGUUUGAUUCUUUAGUUUGUAAUCAAAAUCACAAGGACACCAACAGUUAAGGUAUGGAGAUAAAAUAAAUGCACAUCAUUUGUUACUUAUUGUAAUUCGUCCUGUAUUUAAUGAUCAUGUUUUUUUUAAUGUGCUGAUCAAACUUAAGUAAAAGAUGAGAAACAAAACACCCGUGUAGUAUUUAACACUCUUAACAUUUACAUUGUGAACUCACUUUGUGCUCCACUAUCUCAAAACACAUUAACAAAAUGGUGUUCAUGCAACAAUGUCUGAAAUCCUUAAGAGUAUCGAAUCUGCUUGAAUCAUUCAGAAUGUUGUGGUGCUGCCACCUUAAGGUGAUAAAAUAAGUACCUUCGGUUACUGAUCAA